GUAUCAGUGUACAUGUAUAUUUAGAUUGUUAUUGUCUGUGAACUCAUCCAUGUUUGUGAAUUAAUCGUUUUCUUCGGAUGUUCUCAGCCUAAGAUCAUCGUUCAGUCAAAUUACAAGAUAGCCUUCAAGAGCACUCAUCCUAACAGCGGUGUAUUUAAUUCUUGGUGAAGUCGAUAUGUUAUGUGUCCUCCUUCCGAUUUCCCUAUGGAUACGUCUCUUGGUAAUCUUCUGGAGUGCAUAGUAAUCUUCAGAUAUAAGUAAUGGAGUACGACCCUUUGGAGACUAUGAGUCCUAGUGAGCCAUUCAGCGACCAGAGGGUUGCUCAAAGCAUUUCAGUUGAAGGCGAAUCAACAUUUAGUCAUCAAGUACAGCCUUCAGUUAAAUGUGAAGAGAAAAGCACCGAGGGACCAAAAGUGGAUUCAAGUUUUCCCACUAAUUCUAUGCCACCUCUCCAACAAACAUGCAUUCCAUCAACCACUGCACAAGGACAUUCUUUUGUUCGAAGGACAAUACACAGACCGGCAUAUUGCCAUCACUGUGGGGAAGUUAUUUGGGGGCUUUUAAGUAGUGGAUUUCAGUGUGAAAUCUGCAACCUACUUGCUCACGAACGCUGUCAAACCGUAGUAAGCUCUCCAUGUACAUCUGUGGCGCCCCUUCAUGUAAAGUCUCCAGUAUCUCAUUGUUGGUCAGAUUUGGGGCACUUCAAGCGGAAGUUUUGCAAUGUUUGUCGUAAACGUUUGGAAGACAGUCUUUCUGUGAGAUGUGAAGUAUGUGAAUACUACUGUCAUGUGGAUUGUCAAGAUUAUUCUAUCAAUGAUUGUAAACAAGGUGCAACAUGUUCUCCUGGUAAACCUGUGUGUUCACCGCGUCAAUCACAUCAUUGGAGGGAGGGGAAUUUACCAACCAACUCAAAGUGUUUUAUAUGCCGUAAGACAUGUUGGUCUUCUGAAUGUCUUACUGGUUAUCGUUGUCACUGGUGUGGUCGGACUGGUCACGCAGGAUGUAUUGACAAAGUUGAAGAUGAAUGUGACUUCGGUCCAUUACGUGAUAUCAUGUUACCAGCAUUCUGUGUUAGUCUUCCACGAAUAAAUAUUCCCAUUGAACAUGUUAUUGGUGUUACUAAACGUCCACAAGGUCGAGCUAUUUCAACGGAUUGGUCCAGUAGUGGCGAAAGCAAAGAGGAUAGUUGGCAGGAUACACGAUCGCCUAAAGAAGUUAUAGAUCAUGCUAGUAGUGACGAAUAUGUAUGCGUAUUCGAUGGUAUUGGAGCUUUGAAAAGGCGUUCGUGUCGAAGUUUUAGCUUUUCAAAAUCAAUGUCUACUUAUUCAGCUGUGAAAAGAUUUCUAAAAACAUUUCAUUUGGCUGGAACACCUGAUUAUUACAAUGUAUAUGAAGUUAACGAAUAUGAUGGGACUGAAAACAAGCUGAACUAUCAUGUUAACUUACGGAGUCAGUUAAGAUUUGAUUUGAAGCAACCGUCAAUACUUAUACGAUCUAAAGAACCAGAAGAAUCGACACUAACGAUUAAGGUGUAUGCCGGUGAUCUUCGUCUGUUGCUUGCUCCGCAUGUACCACCAUACGAAGAGGUAACUAUCACUCCGGAAACUACAGCGGCAAAAGUUGUUGCAAUGGCAUUAAAUAACUUUGGUUGUGGACAUAUGAGUCCGGAUGACUGUUAUCUAAGCAGUGUAUGCAUUGAUCGAACUGUCAGUGAACAAUUGCUAAGCAAAGAUGAUAGACCAAUGGCACUGUUGGAUCAAUUACGUGAAGAAUCAGCUAGAAUAUCACAAUUUACACGAUUUGAACUACGUUUUGUUGAAGAUCCACCUAUUGGACCAAGUGUAUCAUUAUUUGUUGGUAAUCUAAAAGAAAAUCUAUCUCAACGUCUAUAUGAGCGCUUAUUAUUAGAGAAAUUAGGUGAAAAAUGUCGAUGGGAUUCAAUUGAUGUUAUUUAUUAUGAAAGUGGUUGUCUUGUCUUAAAUUAUCAUUCAAGUGAAAAAGCUGAACAAGCCUAUGAAUUGCUAAGUGAUUCUGUAUUCAUGGAUAAACCAUUAAUCGCAUUACUCCUACCAAAUAUACAUCCACAAAAUUUACCUAAAGGUAUUCAACCAUUAUUGGUAUUUGUUAAUCUCAAGUCUGGUGGAUGUCAGGGGAUGGAUUUAAUUGUGGCUUUUCGUCGUCUACUUAAUCCAUUUCAAGUCUUUAAUCUUGACUAUGGAGGUCCUCUACCAGGUUUAUAUUGUUUUCGUCAUUUAGUUUCAUAUAAAGUACUUGUUUGUGGUGGAGAUGGUACAGUAGGCUGGACAUUAUCAUGUCUGGAUAUUGUUGGACAAGAUGCUGCAUGUAAUGCUCCACCGAUUGCUCCAUUACCUCUUGGUACUGGAAAUGAUUUAUCACGUGUUCUUCGAUGGGGUUCUGGUUACUCGUCAGCUGAUGAUCCUUUAACUAUUCUCAAAGAUGUUGUCGCUGCAGAAGAAGUGAAAUUGGAUCGUUGGACGUUGAUUGUUCGACCAGAAGAAGAUUUUAAAGAUGAAGCGAAAUUAGCCCUAGAAUUGCAAACCAAUGCAUCGAAUACAAAUGAAGAGAAUUCUAUUAUGAUUAUUAUGAAUAAUUAUUUCGGUAUUGGUAUUGAUGCUGAUUUAGCACUAGACUUUCAUAAUGCACGAUCAGAGAAUCCAUCAAAAUUUAACAGCCGCAUUCAUAAUAAAGGUGUUUACUUCAAAAUUGGUCUACGCAAAAUGAUUAAUCGUACUGUGUGUAAAGAUUUGCAUAAACAAAUUGUAGUCGUUGCCGAUGGAAAGAUUGUAAUGUUACCGCCAAUUGAAGGCUUAGUUGUCCUUAAUAUCCUAUCCUGGGGUGGUGGAGCUAAUCCAUGGAGUGUUGAAAAAGAUGAUGAAUUUGUAAAGCCUACACAUUAUGACGGUCUACUUGAAGUUGUCGGUAUCUCUGGUGUCGUUCAUAUGGGUCAAAUUUAUUCUGGUCUUGGAACUGGAAUUCGUCUUGCUCAAGCAGCACAUUUGAAAAUUUUGCUCAAGUCUGAAUUACCUAUUCAAGUUGACGGUGAACCGUUUAUUCAUCCACCUGGUCAAAUCACUGUAUUACGAUCUGCAUUGAGAGCUAAUAUGUUGCGUAAAGUUAAACGACCUAAAAAACGUACUGGCAUAGAAGACUAUGGAGUAAGUCAGUUAUCAUCGGUAGAACAGUAUCAACAACAACAACAACAACACCAGUUACAAAGGCAUAGAAAGUUAACACAACAACAUUCAAGUUCACAAUUACCAGAUUUCACUUCAUUAGUUGACUCAUCAACACUAACAAAUACUUCAGAGUAUUCAAGACAAAAACCUCAAUUAUUGUCUAUAACUCAGAAAGGCGAAACAUUGGAUCCAGCGUACAUUAACAACAACAAACACAAUAACAAUACACCUACAUGUAGUAAUCGACAGACAAUUAAACCAGUCGUGGGGAAAUCAACAUCUAUCGUGUUUGAUGAUACAUCUAGUGCUGUGAAAUCGGAUAAUAACAGUAAAAAUAAACAGUUAGCUCAUAUUCACAGUGACUCCUGUGGUGGUGAUGAUGAUGGUGACGAUCGUGAUUGUGAUUCCAAUCUGUGUCAAACACUUCAUCAAAUAUGUUUAGAUGAUAUCGUUAAUAAUGACAAUAACAAUUAAUAAUUAUAGUAAUAGUAAUAAUAAUAAUGAUCAUAAUAAUAAUAAUAGUUUCUCUUCAUUGUCAACCAAAACCUGUCUUCAUUGCCACGCCCAUACUACACCCUGUUGUCUGAUGAUCAUUGUGAUGAUGACACCUUAUACUGUGGCAUAACUUAACUCAUCUUUUGGUUCAUCCCUUUAUAAUAAAUAUCAUAUACAUAUACACAUAUAUAAACUAAUAUGGUUAUCACCAUACAUACAAUAAUAAUAUAUUAACCAUGCAUAUAUAAUUCUUUCAUUCUUCAAUUUCACUGAAAGAUAUAUUCAUAUUUUGUAUAGAAUUCGAUGUGUGUGUGUGUGUGCUUGUGGGUCUGCGUGAGUGAGUGGGUGAGUGUAUAUAUAUAUUUCCGAUUAUAUGCUAAAUGGGCUUAGGAACAAAGCGACAAAACCAUUCAUGUGCAUGCUUGUUAUAUAAGACAUCUCUAUUAUUAUUGUUAUUAUAAUUAUUAAUAUUAUAACUAUUGUAUAUCAACGAGUGAUUCACAGUUUCGUGGUAUACCAUUUUCCCUUCACACAGAUUAUUAAUCUAUCUAUCUAUCUACCUACUCAAUGAAUCUAAUAAUUCUCAUUCAAGAGACUAUAUUUGUGUGUGUAUAUUAAAUCAUAAAGUGAACCAUUUUCUUUUUCUUGUAUUGUAUGUUGUUGUUGUUGUUUUUGUUCGAGUUGGUUAGUGCGGGUGGGGGAGCGGGUGUCGGAAGGUUGACAAAUGGUGAAUUUAGUGUUUUCCUUUUUCUUUUCCCUUCUUCUUUAUUUUGUUUUCUGCAGUUGUGCUCUCCCAUCGAAAUUUUUGUCUGUUUGUGUGUGUGUGUUCUGUAUUUCCUGAAAUGAAUAGUAGGCCAAUUGUAUUUUCUCUUUUAAUUUCAUUUAUUUUGAUGAUCAUUACUAUUAUUAAGUAGUAUUUAAUAGUAGUAGUAUUACAAAUAAUUUUAAAUCAAAAUCAUGAUUUAUAUAUAUAUAUAUAUGAACUUGUUAUGCAAUAAGGCAUAGAUCACUUUUCUCAUUUUUAUUCACUAAUAUUUAUCAGUAGUAGAGAUAGAGGUUUAUGAAACUACUAUUAUUGUCCCACUUACUGUUGCGUAUGUCGAGGAGAGAGGAGAAAAAGCAGAAGCAGACGAAGAAGGCCUGCACAUGUUGUCCUGACGAAUUCACUGUUAUUCACUGUAGGCAUUUAAUAUAGUUGUGAUAUAUAUAAUGUACUGAUUUCGUUAUAAUAUUUAUAUAAUGCACUCUUUUUAUUAAUUAUUAAUGUCAGUGCUAUGAUUAUCUUUGUUUCGUCCCACCCCUUCCCACCGUUUCACUCACUCUCUCCUUAUUUACCUUUCACAUUACACUCUUCUGUAUAUUUAUUUGAAAUGGUAUGUAGUUAAACUUUUUUUUGUUUGUAUAGAAUUGAAUGUCUCUGUUUCGUUUUCUUUUGUUGUUUUUUUAUUUCGUGAUUGUGGGGUUAUAAAUUUUGGAUGGGGUUUUGUGCGUCGGUUGUUCAGUGCUUGUUGAAUCAGUGGGCACCACUCACA